AUUACGAAUAAAAUCGAUAUGGUGGUUUGCAGUACAACACAUUAACACUACAACGAGACGCGUCAGCCGGUCGUUCGUACGCCGUAUCCUGUGACACGAGUUUGAAUUUAUGGUUUUUCAACYAGCAGUUUUUAAUGUUUUUAAUAUCUGUGCGUUCGUUCGGUGUUGGUAGGUCGAUUGGUGGUUGAUACUUAAAUUAUGGUUAUUUUAUCAGUCAGCGUUCGUUCGUUCGUAUUAGUAGCUGACUAGUGACUAUUGUCGGCGUCGUUCGGUGAUUCACUCGUUCGUCACUUAUUGACCGCCAUUAUGCAAUCUGCUCGCGAUUGCGUAGAUCGCGACUGAUGCGUGUCCGAUUCGCUCUGGUUAAAUAGUUAUUGCGCAAGCUGCCCAGUUACAUAAUUAGUAAAGUUUUUCUCUGAGUCGUUUUGUUUACAACGGCUCAAAUCGUCUGUUUACGGUUGUCAUUCUUGAUUCAUUCGGAUAGUUGUCUCAAAUAACUAGAUACAAUGAGUCAGUGUUUUGUUUGUGAUGGAACAUUGGGUAAUAAAAAUACUCGGUUGUCUACAAACAUUACACCAUUUAGUAAUGUGCCAUACCUAGAAAAGAUAUCUGAGCUUCUGGGAGAAGAAUUUGUGAUUGCUGUUAACUCUGAUGAUCAUAUGUGCCAGAAAUGUACAUCAAUGUUGAGUCAUAUUGACAAGUUGGAAAAUGAUUUGAAACUUGUUAAAAACUCAAUAAUGUCACAUAUACAAAACAAAUAUGAAAUAUUGCCUCUUGGCCAAGCUGAAAAUUCCGUUGAGAAUACCAAUCAGUUAAAUGAAAAUUUAAUGGCCAACAAACAGCAAAAUCUUGGUCAGUUUAUACUACCAAAUAAAGUUCCAGUAAAAAAAAUUCCUACUAUUGUCCCAAUGCCAGUCAAAWAUCCAAUUCAAAUUUUAAAAAUACAACCACAGCAGAAACAAAAUCCGCAACAGGUACAAAAUAAGCAACAAUUUCAAAAACAACAAAGUGGCGCUAACAGCACAAAAUCAUUUAAAUUUAAUACACAAUAUGUUAAAUUAAAGAAGCUUACUUAUUCAAUUGAAAGAAAACCUGAAAAUCCAAAUCCAAUUGUUACUCAAACUGAAAGUGCUGAAAUCUUAACUCCGGUACCACAAAAGAAAAAUGUGACCUAUAGAUGCCAAUUAUGUUUCAAAUCUUUUGAUAGUCGACCUGUUUGCGUUGAACACAUUCAGAAAGAACAUAAAAAGUCAGCUACAUCAAUUUCAAAUARGAAAAGUGAAAUAAAACAUUCUUUUACGGAUACUGUCAACAUCUCAAAUCUUCAUCCUGCAACUACCCAAAAAAAUAAUCAAAAAUUGAAGUCACUCAUGGACAUAGAUAAUAAUGAACAGGAUAAUAAAAAUGGCACUUUAAGUACAGAUAUGAUCUCAAACGACAAUGUACCUGCUACAAAAUAUGCAAAUACUGAACUAGAAAAAGAAACUGAUAACUUUUCGAAAGCUAAGACUAAGACAGUAAAAGAAAUCAAACUCAUCACAAAAUCUGAUCCUGUCAAAGAAAAAAAAGUAAAAAUAAAAGAAGAAGAAGGAGAAGAUAAAAAGAAAGAGGAGGAGGAUAAAGAAGAAAAAAAAGGAAAGUAUGAUAAAGAAGAUGCAGCCAAGCUUGAAAAAGAUACUCCAUCCAGAUCUAAGAAAAAAGUUGUUGAAGAUUCUGUGAAUUUAAAGAACAAAAAAAGGAGAUCUAAAUUUCGAAAAAAUAUUGGCAACAAUCCAUAACAAAAACCUUCCAACCAAUACCAGAAAUUCAAUAACCAACAUUGAGAUUUAUGUAACUG